AUGACUGGCGGCGCGAUGGACCCGCUGCCCGCGGCGCCAGUCGGGGCGGCAGCUGAGGCGGAGGCUGACGAGGAGGCGGAUCCCCCGGCGGCAGACUUGCCAAGGCCCCAGGUCCUGGAGCAGAGGGACCCAGAUCCCACGCGAAUGCAAAUGCCUCAGGGGAACCCGCUGCUGCUGUCCUACUCCCUGCAUGACCUGCUGGCCAGGGACACGGUGCAGGUGGAGCUCGUCCCCGAGAAGAAGGGCCUCUUCCUGAAGCAUGUGGAGUACGAGGUUUCCAGCCAGCGCUUCCAGGCCUCCGUGUACAGACGGUACAACGACUUUGUGGUCUUCCACGAGGUGCUGCUGCACAAGUUCCCGUACCGCAUGGUGCCGGCCCUGCCACCCAAGAGGAUGCUGGGAGCCGACAGGGAGUUCAUCGAGGGCCGCCGGAGGGCCCUGAAGCGCUUCCUCAACCUGGUGGCCCGGCACCCGCCGCUCUGUGAGGACGGCCUCCUGCAGCUCUUCCUGUGCUUCAGCGGCCCCGAUGUGCAGAACCAGCUCAAGGGGUCUGCUCAGUGCCUUGGAGACGAGUUCAUGAGCUGUGAGCUGGCGGCCAGGGCCAAGGACUUCCUCCCGGCUGACAUCCACGCUCAGUUUGCUGUUAGCCGGGAGCUCAUCCGGAACAUCUACAACAGCUUCCACAAGCUGCGCGACCGGGCCGAGCGGAUGGCGGCCCGCGCCGUGGACAACGCCGCCGACCUCCUUAUCUUCGGGAAGGAGUUGAGUGCCUUAGGGUCUGACACCACGCCGCUGCCCUCCUGGGCCACCCUGCACAGCAGCACGUGGGGCUCCCUGAAGCAGGCGCUGAAGGGGCUGUCUGUGGAGUUCGCACUGCUCGCCGACAAGGCUGCGCGGCAGGGUAAGCAGGAAGAGAACGAUGUGGUGGAGAAAUUAAACCUUUUCCUGGACUUGCUGCAGUCCUACAAGGACCUGUGCGAGCGGCACGAGAAGGGCGUGCUGCACAAGCAGCAGCGGGCGCUGCACAAGUACAGCCUGGUGAGGCGGCAGAUGCUGAGCGCCACGGCGCAGAGCCGCGAGCCCGAGGCCGUGGAGCAGCUGGAGUCGCGCAUGGUGGAGCAAGAGAGCGCCAUCCAGACCAUGGAGCUGAGGAACUACUUCUCCCUGUACUGCCUGCACCAGGAGACGCAGCUGGUGCACGUCUACCUGCCCCUCACCUCGCACAUCCUCGGGGCCUUCGUGAACUCCCAGAUCCAGGGCCACAAGGAGAUGAGCAAAGUGUGGAACGAGCUGGCGCCCAAGCUGAGCUGCCUCUUUGCCGGGCCGCACAGUGCCACGGCCGCCACCGCCGGGGGCCCCGCAGGCCGGCUGUGCCCUCACUAGUGCCCGAGGCCCCGGCCAGCUCCUGCGGCCUCACUAAAGCCUCUUUCCCCACGCGUGUCCCUGGCUCAUUCCCUCUGGCCUGCAGCCCACGGUGCUCCUGAGGCCGGGAUGUCUGGACGGGACCAGGGUGGCAGGGCUCUGCUGCCCUCACGGCCCGGUCCUGCCAGCCUGCGGGGAGGAGCCCGCGGUUCCCAGCUGCUGCGUGGCAGAAGCAAGGAUCGUGUCCCCAUGGCAGUGCCUUGGGGGACGGGGGACUCCUGCAUGGGGCACUGUGGGGGCUGCCUCACGGGAGUGGGUCAGCCACAGGGCAGGACCGCCGCCGCCGCGUGUGCUGGGCGAGGUCUCAGCCGUGGGACCACUGCCAGCGCCUGCGGACACUCUAGGCUCUGGGGGGCGGGGGGCGGGGACACGGGCCUGGUGUCAGGUGCCCCGACUGCCCCUCCACGCACGCAGACCUCAAGACCCCGUGCGCCUCAUGGUCUGGGUGUGGAGAAUGUGGCUCUGAGACCUGGAAACCGUGUGGACGGGGCUCCUGUCCAUCCCAGGGCUGGUCACCCAGUGCUGGAGUCCACACCGCGGGCCCCGAGCCUGCCGUGGUGGGGCGGGGCAUGUGUCGGGUCCAGGCGGGGUCGGGAAGUGUUACAGGGGUUCACCCCCUUCCAAGGCCACGAGGCCCUGGCCCAGCCGCCCCCAGGGGCAGGUAAAGGAGGCUCUUCUGUGUGGGGUCAGAGGUCACGGAGGCCCAGUGUGCCGCUGCCCGAGUCACCUGGUGGGAACCGUGCAGGGCCUCCCGGUGCCCAGUGUUCUGUGGCGGGGGGGGGGG